AUGUCGGGAGAAACACCCCUCCCCUCCUCCUUCGACGGCAAUGCAGAUUUCUACAACGAAAACCGCGCCGAGAAAUUCUUCCGCCGGCUUCGCGAAGAACCGCUCGUUCCCCUAGGCUGCGUCCUUACCGUCGCGGCCCUCAUCGGCGCCACCCGCUCCAUCCGCCGCGGUGAUGGCAACCGCACGAAUGUCAUGUUCCGCCGCCGCAUCUACGCGCAAGGCUUCACCAUCGUCGCCAUGUUGGGUGGCAGCAUAUACUACCAGGAGGACCGGAAUAAGCGGAAGGAGUAUGAGGGCGUGGUGGCCGAGAAGCUGCGCCUGGAGAAGCGGGAUAAGUGGAUUAAGGAAUUGGAGGUCAGAGAUGAGGAAGAGAAGGCAAUGAAGGCACAGGUGGCGAGGAGGAGGACGAGGAGGGAGGGGCGG